AUGGACUUCUCCAAGUUCCUGGCGGAAGACUUCGACGUGAAGGAGUGGAUCAACGCGGCCUUCAGGGCUGGCCCCAAGGAGGCGGCGGCCGGGAAGGCGGACAGCCACGCAGCCACCCUGGUGAUGAAGCUGCAGCUGUUCAUCCAAGAGGUGAACCACGCCGUGGAGGAAACAAGUCACCAGGCCCUCCAGAACAUGCCCAAAGUGCUCCGUGAUGUCGAAGCCCUUAAACAGGAGGCGUCUUUUCUGAAAGAACAAAUGAUUCUUGUCAAGGAGGACAUUAAAAAGUUCGAACAGGACACAUCUCAGUCGAUGCAGGUGUUGGUAGAAAUCGACCAGGUCAAGUCCAGAAUGCAGCUUGCCGCAGAAUCUCUUCAAGAAGCCGAUAAAUGGAGCACGUUGAGCGCUGAUAUCGAGGAGACGUUUAAGACGCAGGACAUAGCUGUGAUUUCAGCCAAGCUCACAGGUAUGCAAAACAGCCUCAUGAUGCUGGUUGAUACACCAGACUACUCAGAAAAAUGUGUGCACUUGGAGGCGUUGAAGAACCGGCUGGAGGCCUUGGCCAGCCCCCAGAUAGUAGCAGCGUUCACAUCUCAGUCUAUUGAUCAGUCCAGAAUGUUUGUGAAGGUUUUUAGUGAAAUUGACCGGAUGCCCCAACUUCUUGCAUACUACUACAAGUACCACAAGGUGCAGCUGUUAGCAGCCUGGCAGGAGCUGUGCCAAAGCGACUUGCCCCUGGACCGGCAGCUCACUGGGCUCUACGACGCCUUGCUCGGUGCUUGGCAUGCUCAAAUCCAGUGGGCUUCACAGGUCUUCAAGAACCCCCACGACGUAGUAACUGUUCUGUUGAUUCAGACCCUGGGAGCCUUGGUGCCCUCUCUGCCCGUGAGCCUCGGUUCCGGCGUGGAGCGGGCAGGACCUGAGCUGGAGCUCGUCAAGCUGCUGGAGUUCUAUGACGCCACCGCCCACUUCGCCAAGGGCUUGGAGAUGGCCCUGCUCCCCUACGCACAUGAGCAAAACCUGGUGAAAGUCAUGGAACUGGUGGAUGCUGUGUAUGGUCCAUACAAGCCCUACCAGCUGAAGUAUGGAGACAUGGAAGAGAAGUGCCUCCUCAUCCAGUUCAGCGAGGUGCCUCUGGAACACGGGGAAGUCAUUGACUGUGUGCAGGAGCUGAGCCACUCUGUGAACAAGCUCUUUGGCCUGUCUUCUGCAGCCGUUGACAGAUGCAUCAGAUUCACCAAUGGCCUGGGGACCUGUGGCCUGCUGACAGCGCUGAAGUCUCUCUUUGCCAAAUAUGUGUCUGACUUCACAAGUACUCUUCACUCAAUACGAAAGAAGUACAGAUUGGAUGAUAUUCCUCUCAACUCCCUUUUUCAAGAAGAUUGGACGGCUUUUCAGAAUUCCAUUAGGAUAAUAGCCACCUGUGGAGAGCUCUUAAGGCAAUGUGGGGACUUUGAGCAGCAGCUGGCAAACAGGAUUUUGUCCACAGCUGGGAAGUAUCUCUGUGACUCCUUCAGCCCUCGGAGCCUGACCGGUUUUCAAGAUAGCAUCUUGACAGACAAGAAGAGCUCUGCCAAGAACCCAUGGCAAGAAUAUAAUUACCUCCAGAAAGAUAGCCCUGCCGAAUAUGGCAGUUUAAUGGAAAUACUUUAUACCCUCAAGGAGAAAGGGUCGAGUAACCACCACCUGCUGUCCGCGUCACGAUCGGCUCUGACUCGGCUUAACCAGCAGGCGCACCAGCUGGCUUUCGAUUCGGUCUUCCUGCGCAUCAAGCAGCAGCUGCUCCUCAUUCCCAAGAUGGACAGCUGGAACACUGCGGGCAUUGGAGAAACCCUGACUGAUGACCUGCCCACCUUCAGUCUCACCCCGCUCGAGUACAUCAGCAACAUCGGGCAAUAUAUCAUGUCCCUCCCCCUGAACCUGGAGCCCUUCGUGACUCAGGAGGACUCAGCCUUAGAGCUGGCCUUGCAUGCCGGGAAGCUGCCGUUUCCUCCUGAGCAAGGGGACGAGCUGCCGGAGCUGGACAACAUGGCUGACAAUUGGCUGGGCUCCAUCGCCAGAGCCACGAUGCAGACCUACUGUGAUGCCAUCCUGCAGAUCUCCGAGCUCACCCCACACUCCACCAAGCAGCUGGCCACCGACAUCGACUACCUGAUCAACGUGAUGGACGCCCUGGGCCUGCAGCCGUCCCGCACCCUCCAGAACAUCGUGAUGCUCUUGAAGGCCAAGCCUGAGGACUACAGACAGGUCAGCAAAGGCCUGCCCCGUCGCCUCGCCACCACGGUGGCCGCCAUGCGGAGUGUGGACUACUGA